CGCUGCGCUGCGCCGCGCCGGGAGGCGGAGGUGCCCUGCGUGUCCUUCAGGCCGGCGGGCGAAGCCUUGGCUACAGGACUGCUGUAUUUUUGUGGGAUCGCAACUCUCCCGGUACAGUGAGAAAAGUUCCUCGUCGCCAAACGCUGCUGAGGUGACUGCGUGAUCAACCUUUAGUCUUUCGACUGGCAAAGGUGGUGUGCCGUUUAGCUGCCAGCCUCAAUGCUGCCCUUGUGGUUCGUGGGCAGUGAUGGUCUUCAAGACCUUGUCAGGUCCGCAAGAGUCUGUCGUGGUAUCUGAAGAAAUAGCCUGAAGAUGAACUUCUUCCUGGAAACAUUAAAAUUAAUUGUACUUUUAAUUUAUUACUUACUGGAGUCACUGGUGUUCUUGGUUGUUCCUGGACGGAAGAAGAAUGUUAGUGGUGAAAUCGUAUUAAUAACAGGAGCGGGAAGUGGCAUUGGAAGACUCUUAGCAAUAAAGUUUGCCAGCCUUGGAGCCACGGUGGUCCUCUGGGAUAUUAAUCAAGAGGGGCUCAACUCCACAGUUAGACUGGCCAGAGAAAAUGGAGCAGGAAGAGUACACUCUUACAUCUGUGACUGCAGCAAAACACAGGAUGUCUACAGAGUAGCUGACCAGGUUAAAAAAGAAGUUGGUGAUGUCAGCAUUCUAAUAAACAAUGCUGGUAUUGUAAUUGGGAAGAGAUUUCUUGAUUCUCCAGAUUCACUUCUAGAAAAAACCAUUCAAGUGAACACAAUGGCACACUUCUGGACUUACAAAGCCUUCCUCCCAGCAAUGGUUGCCGCUAAUCAUGGACACCUGGUUUGCAUAGCAAGCUGUGCAGGAUUCCUUGGAAUCAGUCACAUUUCAGAUUACUGUGCAAGUAAAUUUGCAGCAUUGGGUUUUGCAGAGUCAAUUGAUAUGGAGAUGAGAGCUCUGAGAAAGACUGGUAUUAAAACCACAAUUGUGUGUCCUUAUGUCAUAAACACAGGAAUGUUUGAUGGUGUUAAAGCCAAGUGGCCACGUGUGCUUCCUAUUCUGGAUCCAGAGUAUGUGGCUGAGAGGAUAAUCAGUGCGGUUCGGCAGAACCAAGAAAUGUUGUUUAUACCACGCAUCUUUUAUUUUUUGUAUUUUUUUAGAAGCUUCCUACCAGUGAAAGCAGCUGUUCUCCUUUUAGACUACUUUGGAGGCAUGGAGAUCAUGAGCACCUUCAAAGGUCGACCAAAGAAGGAGUGAGAAAGCACGAGAUUCAGAGACCAGCAGCUGCAAAGUGGAUGUUGUUAAAGGUGGUGGUGGGAAAAGUUCGCUUGACUAGCAGCUGUGAACUUUGGGUGCCUCAUUUCUCAGUAGUAACAAGAUUUUUGAGAGUUGCUUUUUAACUGGCUCUUAAUCAACAGCUUUCAUCUGAACUAUUUUUUUAGUCCAGUGAAUUUUUUUUCUUUUCACUACAUUAUGAAAAUACAACAAUUGAAUUUAGUUGCUUUGGUUUAUAAUGGCUUAAAUGUGAUCCUGCAUCACAAACCAAUAAUUGGCAACUUUAGAGGGAAGAAAAGACCAAGAAACCACAUGAAUUUAGCAGGUAGCCAGAAAAGCCUCUAGUGGAUCUGACUUCUUGCUGCCAAUCAGGGAACCCUGAGGAUGAGCUGUACUGCUGGUGCCAUUAGUAUUCCCUGGUAGGCUGAGGAAUUCAAGAAUUUCCUCAAACAACAGAUUCUAACUCUUACAAAUGAAAGUUUUGUGAGAUUAAAAUAUGCACUGUGUUGGUGAAAAAAAUUAAUUUAUUAAUUUUUGGAGGUGUGAUCUCUCAACUCACAGAUGACAAUGGAUGUUGGGGCAGGGACAGGGAAGGCUAUGCAAAUUAAGCAUUUGUGCUGCUAAUCUGUUUUGCACCUAAUUUAUUUUAAAAGCUAAUACCAUGACUGCAACUUUGUAACAAAAGUCUGUACCUUUUAAGUAGAGUAUUUUAAGAACUAUUUUAAAUUGUAAUCUCCUAAGAGGAAUAAAUUUGUAUUUAUAAAGCAAGAGAGACUGCAAGUCUAGGUGGGCUAUUCAAUGUCUUGUCAACAGAGACAAUGAACUACUAAAAGCAUAGGUGUUGUGUUCUAUAAUAGGGGUUUCUCUUGGGAUUAUUUCAGAAAGGAAUUAUAUUGACAGAACUGAAUGGUAUCAUUACAGCCAUCCUUUGAGUAACAGCACAAAGUUUUCCUUCUCUGAGUAGGGUAACAGGUUGCCUAGUGUCUACAGAGACUUAUUUUACUUUCCCUUUACUCUUAAGACUGUCCAUUUAUUUUGAGCAUAUGCUGAAGAGGCAUUGCCCUUUUUGACAAUGGAUGCUUAGAAAGCUACCUUGAUUUUUUUGUAAUCCAAAACAAGAAAAAGGAAGCUUUUGUGUAUGUCACUUCUGUACAUGCUAAGUCCCACUUCAUGUCUCAGUUCUCUGCUAGCAAUUGAAACAGUAUGGAGAAAAAGGGACUUUUCUAAUGGAGAACCUUUUUUUCUUGAAAUGAUGGCCUAGAGACUACUUUCAUUUCCCUUGUCUAUACAAAUAGUAAUGUUUAUUAGCAGAGAAAGGUUCACAUAGAACUACUUUAUUACUGAAGAGCAAGAAACACUGAGUAAAACAAGUGUGUUAAAAUCACCUUACCUUUACAAUGGAUUGAUAAGAGCUGGAAUUCAGACUGGUGAAGAAAGAUUUGUUACAAUCUCCUUUCAGAUCUUCUGCUUUUCUUCCUCAAAAUUUUUACUCGUUUUACAGUACACCUCAGGAAACAGAAGUUAACCAAGUAAAAAGAGAUUGUCUCAAUGUGCUGUCUAUACACACAUUGCACAGUUCAAAAUUCUACCAUAAUAACUAUGUGGUGUAUCUGCAUCUUCAGCCUUCUCACCUUUUUAUAGUAACAGAACAUACUUUUCCCUUCUGGUUAUGCAAUACUAGAUAUGCAGAGUUCUGGAGCAAAAGGGAAAAGUGAGCUACGCAUAUGAACACUAUGAGUAUCAAAUUCCAGCUCUAGUGAGACCAAGUAGCUUUUCAUUUUUAGUCUUUGUGAAAACAUUCUGCUCAGGAAAAUUAGAAGAAGUGAGUCUGGCAGUGGGAUUUGGGGAUUCUCAGCAUGUUCAUGUUUGUUACAGUCCUAGGAAGAUUUUAUCUGAUAAUCUGUGCCAGAAAAAUACAUCUCCAAGCGACUUUACUACUUCACAGAAUCAGUGGAAAGGACCUGUGCUCAGUUAAGUUUUGUAUAUCUCUAAGGUUGGAAACUCUACAACCUCUCUGGGUAACCUGUUCUAGUGUUUGCUCACGAGCUGUUUAAAAAUAAAUAAAUGAA